UCUAAAUCUACGACCAGACAGAUAUGGCCGCUGCUAGAUUCAGUAUGGGACACCCAGCACAUAUCAAACACUCACAACAUGCCUUUAUACAUUUUGUUAGGCUUGGAUAAGUAUUCAGGACAAGAGGACAAUGAAGGCGAUCCAAAUUAAAUGAAAUCAAAUGUGGAAAGCCUAGAAAAGAUACUGAUAAUAUGUCUGCUAUUAAUUAUUGUAGUCAAGUUUAAUACUGAUAACACAUAUCCAAACAAGCCAAUUUGAAUUAUUUGGUAGAGUGUUUGCAUCAAGAAAAUGCCACUGCUACAUGUUGUGCAGCCUGUACUAUAUAUACUUACUCCAUAAAUUGGUAAAUGCAUUCAGAGAUACUAAAAACUCCAUAAUGGACCUCCAGUUAUCUUCCUUCCAUGUCAUACUUACUUUUUCUCUGUUUGUGGUUAUGGUACUGAAAAUAGCAAGCAGAGGCAAAACGAAAGGCUCCGGCUCAAAUCUACCACCAGGACCACGUGAGCUACCCUUUAUUGGUAACAUCCACCAGCUUGCUGGUUCUCUACCCCAUCGCAGUCUGCGAAACUUGGCCAAGAAAUAUGGACCCCUUAUGCACCUAAGGCUUGGAGAAGUUUCUACUGUAGUUGUUUCAUCAGCAGAGUUUGCCAGAGAGGUGAUGAAGACUCACGACGUAAUUUUUGCAUCAAGGCCCCAUCUCCUUGCUGCAGACAUUGUGUCUUACAACUCCACAAACAUUGUCUUUGCAAAAUACGGUGAUUACUGGAGACAACUGAGGAAAAUUUGCACAUUUGAGGUCUUGAGCGCAAAGCGUGUUCAAUCUUAUCGACCUAUUAGAGAGGAAGAGAUGCAGAAUCUCGUCGAAUGGAUUGCAUCAAAAGCCAAGUCACCUAUCAAUCUUACAGAAAAAAUUCACUCAUCUACAUAUUCGAUUACUUCACGAGCAGCCUUUGGUAAAAAGAGCAAAUAUCAUGAAGAAUUUAUAGCUGUUGUGAAAGAAGGUAUACAACUGGCAGGAGGCUUUGAUCUUGCAGAUGUCUUUCCUUCUUACAGUUUGCUUCAUAUGUUAACUGGGAUGAGGCCAAAACUUGAAAGGAUGCACAAGAAAACUGACAGGAUACUGGAAUACAUCAUCAAAGAACACACAGACAAGGCGACAUCAAAAGGUGGUGAGAAGGAAGCACAGGAACACCUAGUAGAAGUACUCUUGAAAUUUCACGAGGAUAAUGGUGGCCUUGAGUUUACCCUAACUACUGACAACAUCAAAGCAGUAAUCUUGGACAUCUUUGGAGCUGGGAGUGAGACAUCAGCAACAACUGUAGACUGGGCAAUGUCGGAAAUGGUUAAGAAUCCACAAAUAAUGAAAAGGGCACAGGAUGAAGUGAGGGAAGUGUUCAAUAGAUUAGGGCAGGUAAGUGAAACAGGCAUUAAAGAGAUGAAGUAUUUAAACUCGAUUAUAAAAGAGACACUAAGGUUGCACCCACCUGCUCCUCUAUUGAUCCCAAAAGAAUGCAGGGAGACAUGUGUGGUUGGCGGAUAUGAGAUACCUGUCAAAACAAAGGUAGUUGUUAAUGGAUGGGCAAUCGGUAGGGAUCCUAAGUACUGGACUGAACCUGAGAGCUUUUAUCCUGAGAGAUUCCUUGAUAGCACCAUUGAUUUUAGGGGAACCAACUUUGAGUUCAUCCCCUUUGGUGCUGGAAGGAGAAUGUGCCCUGGCAUUACAUAUGGUAUGGCUAAUGUGGAGCUCCCACUAGCAAUGUUGUUAUACCAUUUUGAUUGGGAACUCCCAAAUGGAAUGAAACAUGAAGACCUGGACAUGACUGAGGCCUUUGGCAUCACAGUCCGCAGGAAAGAAGAUUUAUGCCUUAUCCCAACCCUGUACCAUCCUCCACCAACUGAGCAAACCCAAGUGUAAAAGGUGAUCA